AAGCGAGGCUGGCGCCAUCUUGAAACGCGAAUAAGAAAGAAAGAUGCCGAAGCGGAAAGAAGCAAACGAAGAGGAUACAAAAGAAUCAUCAUCCACUUCUCCUAAAAAGAAACACAAGCACAAACACAAGAAGCACAAGAAGAAGAAGGAUCAUGGACCAGAGGGACUUGAAGAACCUCGCAAAAAGGAAAAGAACAAAGAUAAGAGUAAAUCACGAGAGAAAGACAAGGACAGGGAUAGCAAUAAAGAUGAGGGAAAAGCCGUGACUCUUAAGAUAAAACUCGGGGGUGAAACAUUAGCAACAACACAAAUGGCAAAAAUAGUUCCUGUGAAACCGCCAGAGGCUGUAAUAACCAGUGGAGAGGAGGAAGACGAAGAUAGUUAUCAGCCAUCUUGGCAAGGAAGUGAAAAAGACGAGAAAGAUGAGCCUGAAGUUGCUGAGAAACGUGGCGAUUCUGAUGAUCAAGAAGAACAGAAAUGGUUAGAUGCAUUAGAGAAAGGUGAACUGGAUGACUAUGGUCGCGUCAAACAAGACAAGGAUGUGAGCAUGAUGACUGCCAGACAGAGAGCCAUGCUUGGACAUGAAAUAGAGGGAGAAAAUCAACUUUUGGAGCUUCCAACAGAACCAAGACGGAAGAAUGAAGACACUGAAGAAGCUCAGAGAAGACGGAAACAAAGAGCUAAGAAGAGAAAACAGCAAAUGCAGAAAAAAAUUGAAGAAAAUAAGACACAAACUGUGAAGAAACUGUUGGAUAGAGAAGCUACAAGAUCACGCAAAGAGGAGGAGAAGCAGGCACGAAAAAAGAAGCAGGAGGUUCCUCACAUCAGAUAUGUCAGUAAUUACCAGGGAUUUGCUAUGUCCUUUUCAACUGGCUUGGAGUUUCCAUUACAAAUGCAGUCAUCUCAGGGGCCUCCAAAACCAAGAUCAGCAUGCUCAGCUCAGGGAUGUACAAACCUGAAGAAAUAUUCAUGUUCUAGUAAUAAUCUGCCAGUUUGCAGCAUGGCAUGUUACAAGAAGGUUCAACUGAUUCCUCGGCAAACCGCAACUGCAGUCUAACCAAGCAAAAAGAUGUAAUAGAGGGCUUUUCUAAUUGAGCAUUAUAAAACCAAAGCCAAAGUAAUCACAACGGCGAAUCAGAAGAAAGGAAAAAACCUUUAACCUUUUCACUCCCAAGAUCUAAUUAGUAACUCUCCUUACUAUCUGCCGUACAAUUCUUAUGAUGUUAGUUCAGAGAAUUUGAUAUUGGAUCAACUAAUAAUCCCAUAAUUGAUAUUCUUCUCUAUUCUCAUCACCUGCCUGCUUGAUAUUGUAUUGAUAUUGUAAGGAGAAAUUCUGUCUUGGUCACUUGUGGGAGUGAAAUGGUUAAGAGCCCAUAGGAACAUUUAAGUUAAAACAAGAAAACUUUGAAAAGGGUGGGAAAAUGCACGUGCCCCAAUAAGGGUUGGUUUUAGUUUUGCAUCUGAUUGGUUAUGAGAUUAGUGGAAGUUUUCUGGAUCAGUCACAAAGGGAAGUAAGGCAAAAACAAAGCAAUCCCAUUUUGACACUAUUGAAAAUUGCUCUACCAACAAUCCUUACAUUACAGAUUCCUUGCAAUGAAUCCAAGCUGAUACUAUGGAUCAAUAUCAGUAUCUGGGCAACUGCCCACCUACCCCUCCCCAAACCCAGUAUUAACCCUUAGUUGUUAUCAAUAGACUGUUGUUGGGUUAGGGGAGGGGUAGGUGGGCAGUUGCCCAGUUACUGAUAUUGAUCCGAUACUAUUUUGUGCCAGUUGAAUUCUUUUGAACAGGUUCAGAUUGUACCUUAGUUACAACACUCAAUAAAGCACAUUUAGGAUUAAAUAUUUUAUUGUAAUGUUACAAAUUCAUGAGGUUCUACUGGUCUCUCCUACAUACUCUGCUAUUUAUUCCUAAUAAGAGAUUAGUGGCCACCUGAUAAAAAACAUAAAACCUAAUGACAAGAACGACCUUACUUGUACUAGUUUGGUGUAAGUAAUUCUACAGGCAGAUAUUCCAUACCUUAACACCUGCACCUUUUUUAACAUCAUAUUUAGUUUUAAAUCCAACUUACAUGCACAAUAAUAAGUUGAGUUUGUGAGCUAACAUUAAUGUACAAGCAUUCUACUGUCAGUAGCUUACACACACAAGGACUGCAAACUGUACAUAAGAUGGUGCAAUUUUCUGGAACAAAAUUCAUAUUUACAGCAGACAACACUAGGUUAUUAUUCUCUUAUCUACCUAAACAGGGACAUUUCAUGCAAGUAUAUAUACAUAUGUAGACCUUACUG